CUGAAAAAACAUUUCUGAUAAACACUGAACUCUAUUUUAUUUUGGCCGAUCAAUUUAUCAUCUCCUUUUUCUUCUCUCUCUAGGUUUGAAGGCCCUUCCCGUCAAUGGAAAACAACGGCCAAGCAGCUGCUAGCGGUCCUCCUCCAAAACCAUGGGAAAGAGCAGGAUCUUCUUCUGGUCCUGCACCGUUUAGGCCACCCUCUGCUGGAAAUACGAGUGAAGUUGUAGAAGCUUCUGGGACAGCUCAACCUGGUGAAGUUGUUUCGACUACCAAUACAAAUGUUAAUAGAAAUACAGUUAAUUCAGUUGGGCGGCCCGUCCCUGCCAGGCCUUGGGAGCAGCAACAGACAUAUGGGAGCACUUAUGGAGGUUAUGGUACGGGUGUAAACUAUAACUCUGGAUAUGGAGGUGGGAUGUACGGUUCUUCAUAUGGGGGACUUGGAGGGGGUGUUGGUGGUGGGAUGUAUGGGAAUAGCAUGUAUAGAGGUGGUUACAGCGGACUUUAUGGGGGUGGUAGCAUGUAUGGAGGAGGAAUGUAUGGUGGUGGUUUGGGGGGUGGUUUGGGAGGUCCUAUGGGGGGCUAUGGAAUGGGCAUGGGGGGGCCUUAUGGUGAACAGGAUCCAAACAAUCCGUAUGGACCACCUUCUCAACCCCCAGGCUUCUGGAUUUCACUAAUGCGGGUGAUGUCAGGAGUAGUUAAUUUCUUUGGGAGGGUGGCAAUCUUGAUCGACCAGAAUACGCAGGCUUUCCAUAUGUUCAUGUCUGCCCUUCUUCAGCUCUUUGAUAGGUCCGGAAUGCUAUAUGGAGAGUUAGCAAGGUUUGUUCUUAGAAUGUUAGGAGUCCGAACAAAACCCAAGAGAGUUCAUCCAUCAGGCGCUGAAGGUCUACCCGGACCUCACAAUAUGCCAGGAAAUCAGAACUACAUCGAGGGCCCCAAGGCUGCUCCAAGCGGUGGUUGGGAUAGCGUGUGGGGUGAUGAUAGGUAAUGCAUCAAUACAUAUAUGAGAUUUUUGGUUCUAAAUCUGCACCGAAGAUGCAAUGCGUAAGAAAGAGGAUGCUGUUUCCUCGGAAAAAUACCGGUUCUCAGCAAAAUUACAAUCCCCUUUUUUCAUAAUCUGGCUCCACAGUUGUAAAACAUUAAAAAAGCAAAUACUGUUGUGUUUGAAUUAUGCUAGCAUAUAGUUGAAUGUGUUAUUUUACUUGUAAAAGUUGUAACUAUUGACCCUCGAUGGGCUAUUUUAUGGAAAUUGAUAUAGUUUUUGAGAUAA